GCUCAGGCUCUGGCGCAGGGUCUGGAGGGAGAUCUCCUCUCGCUUGACUUGGACCGGCGACAUCUCAGGGCCGUCUGGGAUGUAGGUGUCGACGAGGUCCUGAGAGUCGAAUGCGUGAACUUGGCCUUGACAGGCAGCCACGUUGGAUGGGGGGAGGACGGGGAGGGACAAGAGGUCGAAACUGAGGUCCCUAGGGCAGCAGAGGCCGGCUUAUAUACAGGGGAAGAUGAGGGCAGGCUGUGCGCACUGGUCCGUGCACAGCUGGUCCGUGCACAGCUGGUCCGUGCACAGCAUGCUGACGCGGCCCCGGGGGCCGGUGAGUCAGAG